GCCCACACCCACAGUCUACACUUCCACGCCACGAAAACUCACGUGGGCUUCCCACGGGGGCGAGCAGCGGCACGCAAGGAACGACGGUGGGUGGAUCUGCUUCCUGCGAGCAGCGGGGCGGAGCGGAGCAAGAGUCCAUGGCUGGCACUGGGGAACUGGAGCAGUGGCUCAAUAAGGCCACUGACCCAAGUAUCCCCGAGGAAAACUGGGAAUGCAUCCAGCGGUUCUGUGACCAGGUGAAUGCUGACAUAGAAGGCCCAUCGCUUGCACUGAGGCUGCUGGCGCAUAAAAUACAGUCACCUCAGGAGAUGGAAGCUCUCCAUGCUCUCACAGUGCUAGAGACCUGUGUGAAUAACUGCGGCGAAAGAUUUCAUAAUGAAAUAGCAAAAUUCAGGUUUCUGAAUGAGCUGAUUAAAGUGCUUUCCCCAAAGUACUAUGGAACCUGGUCUUCAGAAAAAGUAAAGUCAAGAGUCACAGAAGUAAUAUUCAGUUGGACAGUCUGGUUUCCUCAGGAAGUUAAAAUCCGGGAUGCUUAUCAGAUGCUAAAGAAACAAGGGAUUGUAAAAGAAGACCCCAAACUGCCAGAAGACAAAAUUUUACCUCCCCCUUCUCAGAGACCUCAGAAUUCUAUUUUUGACACAGAUGAAGAGAAAUCCAAGCUCUUAGCAAGGCUUUUAAAAAGCAACCACUCUGAAGACCUGCAGGCUGCCAACCGUCUGAUCAAGAGUAUGAUUAAAGAGGAACAAGAAAAGUCAGCUAAGGUGUCCAGAAGAGUGAAUACCAUCAGUGAGGUUUCUGAGAAUGUGAAACAUAUGGACGAAUUACUGGAAAAUUACAAGAGACAAGAAUUAUCCAAAUCUGACCAGGAGUCCCUACAGACUCUGUUUCAACGCUGUGAGAAGCUCAGGCCACUGCUCUUUCGCCUUGCCAGUGAGACAGUUGAUGAUGAUGAGGCUCUAGCUGAGAUACUGCAGGCCAAUGACAAACUCACACAGGUGCUCGGGCAGUACAGGCAGGUUGUAGCCAGGCAUGAAAAUGGUGAUGGAGGAGGUUCAGCCACCAGUUCUGCUGAUGCAGCAGCAUGCCGGCCAACUCCAAGACGCAUGAAGAGCUAUACACUGAUUGACUUCUCUGAACUGGAGGCGACAUCCCAGUCUCCUACGGACCAAUUUGCAAACAUAACCACCGCCUCCCGGCACAGCAGCACAACCUCUACCUGUCUGCUCGAUGAGGAGUUAAAGUCAUUAGGUCUCAGCAACUCUCCUGUUGCACAGAAACCACCACCUGAUUUUGGAUUAGCAGAGACUGAUGUACACAAUGGAUAUGGUGAAAUUGUAAGUGCUGUUCAAACACUGGGACUGCAGGAGAGCUGGGAAGACAGCUGUUUGGAGAAGAAUGCAUUUCGGGGCCUGGCUGAUCAGCUCUCUCCACCAUCCAGGACCAAGACAUUAUCCUUGGAUUUAUCACCCAUGAAAUUGCCCUUUCCAGAUCUUCCACAUAGCUCAAUGGCAGAUACUUCAUUCUCCAGCCUAGGCUACGAGCUGAAGCCUGCUGCCUCUUUGCAUCCAGCUUCCUAUGAUGCUUCUCUAGAAAACCUUUUUGUCCCUUUAAUUUCAAUUACACCGACAGGCAGUAUCUGUCCACUUACUGUGUACGACAGGAAUGGUUUCAAGGCUAUGCUCCACUUCUCCAGAGACCGGGCUCCUGGCCAACCAGAUGUGCUGGUGAUGGUUCUUUCCAUGCUGAGCACAUCAGCUCAACCAAUUAAGGACAUAGCAUUCCAGGCUGCAGUCCCGAAGACCAUGAAAAUAAAGUUACAACCAGCAUCCGGUACUGAGCUGCCCGCCUUCAGUCCUCUCCUCCCCCCUGCAGUGGUAUCCCAGGUCCUGCUGCUCGCCAAUCCACGCAAGGAUCCCAUCCGACUGAGAUACAAACUAGCGUUCACGCAAGGCGUGCAGCCCUUCAGUGAGGUGGGAGAGGUGACUGGCUUCCCAGAGGCAGAGCUCUGGGGCAGGAGCUGAAGUUCAGCAGGCUUGGAUGUUGCCAUAUUGCCUUAGCCACGCGUGGGGAGGGACUGUGUGCCAGCAGUGCCGGCCUGGACUCCGUAAUGGCUCCUUUCCUCAGGAUCCACCAUCUCCUUCUUCCUUUUGGUUUCUGUGCCAGUGUCUGGCAGGAGGAGUGUAAACUGGCUGCUUCUGCCACGGCCUUUCUCUGUAGCUGACCGUGCUUUACAAGAGACUGCUGUAGAGCCCUGCAGCCCGGGAGCCCUGAUGCUUCUUUCAUAUAAGUGUUUCCUGCUGCUUUCUGGGCCAGUGUUCCCUCACCCCCAUUACUUUUUCUUUCUGAAUUAAAAAAAAAAAAAAAAAAAGCAAACCUAUACCAACAAUCAGCCCUCGUAGCAGACUGCUUGGAGCUAGGGCAGGAUCUGUUGCAGGGGCCUACCCACCCUCUUUUCACUGGGGCCUGUGUGCUGAUGUGCAGGCAAGAACGUGAGGAAUGGUGGGAGUUGGGCUAUCUGGACUCUGGCGGAGGCGGUUUAUAGGGAAAGGUACAAAACAGAGGGAAGAGAGCAAGCAGGGGGAGGGCUUUGGGGCCAGCCAGUGAGAAAAAACCACCAAGACACUCAUCUGGCCCCAGGCCCUGCAUCUUGUCUUGCUCUGGCUCCUUCCUUUGGGCUCUGCAGAGCUCCAGGCACGUCUGGGGGUUUCUCCUCCUCAUCCUCCCCACAGCCGCCUCCUGCCUGCCAGCUGCGCUGCGGGGACACCGGCCCACAGCGGGGCCGAGGCCAAGGCCUUCGGUUAAAACCCCCUGCGCUUCCAGCUGUGCGGGAGGAGAACGGGCGUAUUUUAUUGCCCAGGUACGCUGAGCCAUGAGGACGGGGCGGGGGGGGGGGGGGGGGGAUCCGCACCCCCGGUGCAGCGGGGUCCCGGAGGACCUUCCCCGGGCCCUGGCCGCCCCGGCGGUAUUUUGGGUGCGAGUUUGUCCCGCUCUGGGACACUCCCCCCGCUGGUUUUUCUCCACAGACCCCGUGAGGGUGGCGGCUACCCGCCCUUAAGCCGGUGUCCGGGCCG